AUGUGCUCGACAAAUGACCGAUGCCAAUGUGUAGCGUAUCGUUUUCGAUGUUCGGAAGACGAUGACGCUUGCACUGAAGGUGAACUGAUCAAUGGUGGAACCAAAUGGGAAUACAACUUGGUCACAGAAGCAGCUUGUCAAGAAAUGCGAGCUGAUUAUUCAUCCAAUGUCUUUUCGAAUGUGACAUGUUGUUCAACAGAUGAAUGUAAUCGACCACGCGACAUUAAAUGUGGCGAUGAAACCAUUAUUAAUAAGUUACUAAUUAAUGGCGGUCCGAAUACUAUCGUGUCACUUUGCGCCAAUACUGUAUUCAAGUUGAAAAAUCCAGUUAUCUUUACAGCGUACAAUCAAGAACUAUCUACAGACGGAUAUCCCAGAGAUGCAACACGUGCCACUUUGAUCGUCACAGGUGCCAAUCAAACCGCUGCAAUCAUAGGCAAUUGCAAUCAAUGUUCUGGUUUGAAACUUCGAAAUAUUCAAGUAAAUGGUAAUCGGCCAGUUCUCGGUCUACUAAAAGGUAGUGGAAAUAUCGAAAUCGGAGGUGCUACGAACAAUCAACUUGUUGAAUAUGUGCAUUCAUACGAACCUCGAGGAUGGUCGUGUUUACAUAUUACCGAAAGUGGAUUAAAUCGCUGUCAGAAUGCGACGAUUAUUAACAAUGAUAUUGGUCCUGCCGGACAUCCCAAUGGCGAAUAUGCAGAUGGCAUAUCGAUGGCAUGCACAAGAAGUUUGGUUGCCGACAAUGUAAUUACGGAUGUUACAGAUGGUGCAAUCGUAGUAUUUGGUGCUCCAUUCACAACAGUCAUAAACAAUACUAUCAUUGCUAAAACUCGUACACUACUUGGUGCGAUCAACAUGGUCGAUUACGGUCCAUACGAAGGAGAUUACACUGGUGUGAUAGUUAUGCAGAAUACGAUUCGAGCGCAGUCUGCAUUUAUCAAGACAGCCAUUGCCAUUGGGCCUGCUGUUUGGGGUGCAGAUGCAGUAAAAUAUAAUCGGAACGGUGUUGUUCACAGUAAUACGAUUGAAGGUGAACACAUGGGCUAUGGUAUUAUCGUUUCUGGAGCGCUUAAUUUCACAGUUCUAGAUAACAAUUCGACUGCGCAGUACAGUGGCGCUUUUACUUCAAGUUGUUACACACCUAACAAUGCCCCACCAAUGGCAUUUCUAAAAGGUAAAAGGGCUGACGGUCAACUUCAAUCCGAUUUUAUUCUCGGAAGAGCCCAAUACAUCAUUUGUAUAGAGCCAGGUGUUUCUGGCACCUACACUUAUCAGCCAGGACAAUUAGAACUAUAUUCGAAUCAACAGAUCGAUCUAAAAAAUGCCACUUUUACUCUGCUAAAUGACGGUAAUUUGGUUCUUUAUCAGGCUGGUAUGGCGAAGUGGUCGUCAGAUACCUGUUGUACCGAUUGUACUAACCGGCAAUGUCGAUUGACCUUCAAUAGUAUUGGUCAAUUAGUACUGUACAAGAAAACAGAAAUAUUAGCUUUGUGGCCACCGGCAUACACUGGGAAUUUACGAGAUAGUUCCAUUCGUAUAUCGAAUGCCAGUGCCUAUUUUACGUUUAGUGAUGGUAACAAUUCCAUCAUAUGGGCAUCUUCUUAUGAUUUUUAUCCUUCGUUUCGUCUGACAAAUAAUAGUUUUGUUCGUCAAAUGAUCAACAAUACUUUUCUCUAUCUUACUUUACUUAAUAACGGGAAUCUUGCUGUCUAUCUUAAUGCUAUUGGUACAGGACCGUUAUUAUGGAGUACUUCGCUCAGUGGGAAAACAUGUAAUAACGGUUGUUUCCUUUCAUUCCAAGGCGAUGGAAAUAUUGUCAUCUAUGGCGAUCAAGGUGUUCUAUGGGCAACGGGUACAAAUCCUUCGGGAACAAAGUUAAUGUUCAAUACAAUAGUUCCUUACUUACAAGUUUACAAUUCUAGCAAUGACGUUAUUUGGUAUUCGAAUGAUCAUGUUCCAUUUCUCGUCGUAGGUAUUCCAUGUGGUGGAUUAUUCACAGGUGCGGACGAAGGCAAAACACUAGAACAACGAAAUCGUUACGAUAGAAUGUUAGGACAUGGACAUGGUGGAAUUGCCAACACAAUGCUAGAUCCAUGUUAUCAUAAGAUUUGUGAUACGAUCGAAAACGUUAGUCCGUUCGCUUUCGAAAUAAUGACUAAGGCAGCAGCUUACACCAUCGAAACGUUGGCUCGAAUGCCAGAUCUAUCUCGGUAUAUAUAUGAAUAG